ACGAGGCUAGUGGUAGUUUCACAAAAUAUAAUCGAAAGUAAUUCAAAAUAUUACCCAAUUCAAAGUAUGUAGGUAGCUGAUAUUCAGAACGAAUGCGCCAAGCGUACCGCACAAGUGAGAUAGCAAACAACAGAGAAAGAUACGUACGGUAGACCAGUAUAGAGCGGCACGGACAGCUACAAUUGAGAAUACUAUUUUUCAUUAAAACAAACACUACGUAAAUUUCGAAAAUAAGCGCUCACUAAAAAAAGGUAAGUUGUAAAAUAAGGCUUUAUAAUAUUAUAACGAAUCAUGGAACCUUGCGAAAACCGAUUACAAGAGAAAGUACAAGAAGGAGAAUAUGGAUUUUUUUGGCAAGAUUAUCUUGAUGCUACAAAUAGUGUUGAAGUACCACAAAUUAUGUUUCCACAUGUUGAAUUGACACUUCAAAGUGGUAUUGAAAUUGGUAUGUCUCUUGAAGUGCCAAUUCCAAAAAAAGAAAAUGAAGAAAAUAUUAACUAUUGGAUAGCUUCUAUUGUAAUGGCAUGUGGACCUUUAUUAAGAUUACGUUAUUUUGGUGGAGAUGAUAGGUCAUUAGAAUUUUGGUUCAACCUCACUAAAGAAGCUGCUCAUGAACUUGGAUGGUGUGUAAAAAAUAAUAAAAAAUUAGAACCACCUGAUAUUAUUCGUCAAAGAUCAUCAGACUGUAUAGAAAAAUUAUCUGAAUUUUUAAAAACAGCCCGGAGUAUUCCAUCAGAAAUGUUAUCAGGAGAUGGUUUAAGCAUGACAGAGAGAAUUAAGCAAGGCAUGAAAGUUGAAGUUAGUGAUAUAUUACAUCCAUAUAAAUUAUGGGUAGCCACAAUCAUAGAAAAUGUAGGAGGACGACUUUUGUUAAGAUAUGAUACUCCUGGUUCUUCACGUAAAGAUUUUUGGAUGUUUUGUACAUCAGAACAUUUGCAUCCCUAUGGGUUUACAUCUAAAUCUGAUUCUACCUGGUUUUUAGAACCACCUAGUUCUAUAGUAGAAACACAUACAUAUGAAGAAUGGAAAGAUUUAUUAGAAUCUACACCAAAAAAUUAUGAUCUUCCUGAAGAAUUAUUUCAUAAUACUAUAAAUCAUUCUAAACAUGAAUUUAAAAUUGGCAUGAAAUUAGAAGCAUUAAGUCCAAUUGAUCAGAUAAAAAUAUGUCCAGCCACUGUUAUAAAAAUAUUUGAUGAUAUUUAUUUUCUUGUACAUAUUGAUACAUAUGAUGAAUUAUCUAAGGGAAUGGAUAUUGAAACAUGUAUGUAUAAUAGUACAGAGAAAAAUACUUGGCUUUGUACAGUAGGACAUCCAUAUAUAUUUCCAAUUGGGUGGGCAAAAAAGCAUAAUAUCAAAAUUGUACAUCCAAAUGGUUGGACUCCAAAAGAAGAUGAAUUUGAUUGGGACGAAUAUUUAAAAGAUACUCAAGCAAUUGCUGCAGAAGAAAAAUUGUUUUCAGAAAGACAAAGUGCCAUAGAUGUUGGUUUUGAAUGUGGCAUGCGAUUAGAAGCAGUUGAUCCAGAACGUGAAAAUGUGAUAUGUGCUGCACAUAUUACAAAAAUUGUUGACAAUCUUUUAUGGUUAAAAUUAGAUAAUUAUGAAAAUACAAGACCAGAACAUAUUGUUGAUAUGUAUUCUUUACAAAUAUUUCCUGUUGGAUGGUGUGAAUCCAAUCAUUAUCCAUUAAAACCACCAAAAGAUUAUAUGGAAAUUUGUAAACAGUUACAAAUGCCUUUAAAAGAAGAAAAGAAAACUAAUGUUCUAGAUAUACCAAUAUCUGAACCACGUUCUUCGCUAUGGUGCCCAAAAAUAUAUUUUAAUUAUCGUUGUUUUACGGGUCCCAUGAUUUCUAAAGGAAAAUUAGCAACUUUACCAAAAGCAGUAGGACCUGGUCCUGUAAUUUUAGUUAUGAGAGAAGUUUUAUCAAUGAUCGUAUCUGUAGGAUAUAGAAGCGCACGGAUAUUAAAGGUACUUCAAUGUGAUUCAAAACCAGAUCCAGGAUAUCAUUUAGAAGUUUUAAAAGCCAAACAUAAAAACAAUACAUAUCGUGCGAGCGUCGCUGUAGUUACAUCCGGAGAUAUGGUAGCUGAUUUUUGUAGAAAUAUCUGUAAAAAAUUAAUGGUAUGUCCAAAUUUAUUUGGUCCCUUAUAUGUACCUGAGAAUGAAUGUCCUGAUAAAUGUCAUAAAACAUCAAAAGCUAAAUUCACAUCUGUAGGUACUGGACGAAGAGGUAAACCAAAAGGAUACACAAGUAUUAUGGUGCAAAAACCAAAACCAUGGGGUGGCAGACGAAAAAGAAGACGUGGAAGAUGGGCAAAUAGAGAAAAAGAGACUCAUGAAGAUUUCGAGCAAGAAGAUGAAAUGCCAUUUAUGUCAUUAGAUUUAGCAAAACAUGUAUCAGGGAUUGAAGAAACACUCGAUGGAAGACCACCACUUUCUGAAAUAGAUAUUAUGAUUCAGAAAGGUUUAGAGAAAGGUGAAAAAUCAGAUGAAUUUAAAACUGAACCUCCAUCGAGCAAUGCAUCAGAUGAUUCAGGAAGUUCCUUUAAUGAUAAUAGGAAAACAAAAGAUGGAGGAAGUCCUAAUAGUUUAAAUAGUAAACAACAUUCAUCGAAAUUUAGUCAAAGUUCUACUGUUACAAGAGCAAGUAAAAGGGAACGAGAUUGGGAUACGAGUAUUGAAUCUGAUGGAACAGAUGGAGAAUCAGAAUAUGUGAGAAUGCAAAAAAAACAAAGGCGACCAAAAACGCGGAAACUUGAUUCGAAUCCACUAUUUUGGAGCGUGGAUGAUGUUUUUAGGUAUUUAAGAAAAACAAAUGAUUGCAAAGAUAUCGCAUAUCGAGUAAAACAAGAGGAAAUUGACGGAUUAGCAUUUUUACUAUUAAAUUUACCAUCUCUUACGCAACAUAUGAAAUUGCGAACAAGUUUAGCUAUGAAACUUUGUCGUCACGUUGAACAAGUUAAAGUCACGUUCUUUUUACGACAUAUAAAUGAAGUAGAACCAGAACAAUAUCAAAUUGUAUAAUUUCAAUAAUUAAGGAUGCAAUUUAUUAUAUUAUUUAUAUAGUGUAAUAUAGUGUAUCAUGAAAAGACAAAUAAUGUCGAGAUAUCUAUUGUAUAAAUGACAAAAUGAUUUUUAAUUUAUAUGAAUAUGCAAGACUGUAUUACUUUUAAAUAGAUAUACAAUGUAUUUAAUUACGUCUUUGUACAUUUAAAUUAUUUUUGUUAUAACAUAUUUUUUAAUGGAAAAUUAAAUUUUAUUGAUUAAA